GUGCGCACGGAGGAUGUGUCGAGAGCGCGCCUCCGUGGUGGGCGGAGCCUGUUGCAACAUACCUGGACAGGGUGAUGGACCUGUCAAAGCGAGUGUCGUUAUGGACGGUGGAGGACGUGUUGGAGUGGGUGCAGGAGCAGUGUCCAGCCCAUGUGAACACGCUGCAGAAAGCCAUCAUCAAACACUCUAUCUCAGGCCGAGCGUUGCUGAGAUUAAAGGAGCAUCACCUGGAGCUUCUCGGGGUGGAAGCCGAGGAGCAGCAGCAGGAGAUCCUGCAGGACCUCCUCCUCCUCCGAGUUCAGGAGGAAAUCAAUGAACUCACUGACAUCUGCUCUGACUGUUUCUCUUCGUAGCAGAAGAUAAAUCUUCAGACAAGAAAUGCUGCUUACAUUUUUUUUUAUUAUUAUUUUUUUAUACAUU